AUGCACGACUUUGACGACACCGUGCGAACGUCGCUAAAUGAAUCUGACUUCAAUUUGACGACGCGCUGCCCACGAGUUAGCCCCGCAUCGCGCGUUCGAGCCGUGAGUCCGACCGCGCGCUUUCCGGAGACGCGUUCCGCGGCGCAGCGCGCGCGACCGGACUCACGUCGUGUCGCACGCGAGCCAUCCCGCGCGCUCGCUCGCGAGCUCCGCUUUGAUGCCUCCGAUGAGGCUUGUGUGUGGUCGAAUGACGUGGAUCGCUCGGCGUCGCGCGAGUCCACGCCCGCGCGCGUUGAGUACUCUCGUCGGCGCGCCGAGCGUUUCAGCGACGCGGCGCUCGAUGGCUGGAGCGCACCCGAGCGGUAUACCGCCACAUCGGACGAUGAGAACGCCAAUCCAGAAAACGUGCAGCGUGAAUUGAUGCGCAUGAAGCGUCGCGGGUGCGAUCGUGCGGAGAAACUUUUGCACAGCGUCUCGCCCGUGAGAGAAAGUGAAACUCGGAAACGCCACAAGGUGUUUCGCGAGCUUCAAUCCCUGCACGACUCGCAAAAACUCGAUAUUGUCAUCCAUGGGGACGUUAUUAGAGAAGCUCGAGGCUCUCAAGCUGAAGGGUUGAUCGAUCGUAACGUUUCCAUGAGUAUCGUAAAGGAACAAAAUUGUGUACGUCGAUGUCGACCCAUAUUGUAA